AGCCCCUCCUGGCACAUUAGUUGUUGAUUCAUAUCAGCUGCUCUAUGAUGGAUGGAUGUUUAACUGCUGCGCACCUUUGCAGCGCGCAGACUGCAGGUCCUGAAGACUUCUCAGUGGCCUCUGGUCCCGAGUCUCCCUGGUGUGCCCUAUCAACCGCGCAUCCUUCCCAGCGGCACGGUUCUGCUCUAAGAGGGGCGCGUCUACGAAGGCUACCUUAUGGGCCAUGGCACCACGAUCCAGCUUCCGGAGUACGAUUCGUGGGCCCAUCCAAGAGCGGUCUCAGCGGCAAAUCCCAUCAUGUGGGUGACCUCCCCUCCCAAGAGCGCCUCUCGGACACUUCGUAUGCCCAAUGCCCCUCGACCCAACGAAGGCAGCUGAUCCUACGAAGGCGGCAGCGGGGCGCUGGAAAUGCAACGAAGACAACCAAAUCCAGCAGAUCGUCUCUAUCCCACUGCGCCGCAACGCGAGUCUCAGGGUUCUUCACGUGCUGCUGAGACGCGCAGUGCCCCUACCCUACAGCGCUCGUGCCAAGAUGCCCGUUAUCG